UUGAGAUCUUUGAACAUGGGUAUGGAAAUCCAUUCUGUUUCUGUUAAAAUGGGUUUUGCUGAUGACCUAUUGGUUGGAAAUUCACUGAUUGACGUCUAUUCAAAGUGUGGGGAACUGGAAGCUGCUAGGAAAGUCUUUGACGUAAUCCAAGAGAAAGAUGUUUAUACCUGGAACUCAAUGAUUGCAGGGUAUUGCCAAGCUGGCUACUGCGGGAAGGCCUAUGAACUGUUCAUGAGAAUGCAGUAUUCAGAAGUCAGACCUAAUGUUAUUACAUGGAAUAUCAUGAUUUCUGGAUAUAUGCAAAAUGGAGAUGAGGAUCAGGCCAUUGAUCUUUUUCAAAGGAUGGAAAAAGAUGGGAAAGUUAAGCCAAAUGCAGCAUCUUGGAACUCUCUUGUUGCUGGUUACUUGCAAAAUGGAAAGAAAAAGGCAUUAGGCAUCUUUCGACAAAUGCAGUCAUUUUGUGUAGCUCCAAACUCGGUUACCAUACUUAGUAUCUUACCUGCUUGUGCAAAUUUAAUUGCAGCGAAAAAAGUAAAAGAAAUUCAUGGUUGUGUUUUGCGUAGACGUCUAGAAUCUGCACUCUCUGUUACAAAUUCCCUAAUAGACACUUAUGCAAAGUCAGAGAAUAUAGCAUAUUCAACAACCAUCUUCGAGAGCAUGCCAACAAAAGAUAUUAUAACCUGGAACUCCCUUAUUGGAGGUUAUGUUUUACAUGGUUGUUCUGCUCCAGCACUUGAUCUCUUUGAUCGGAUGAGGAAGUUGGGAUUUAAACCGAACAGAGGUACAUUUUUAAGCCUUCUCCUUGCACACAGUCUUGCAGGAAUGGUGGAUGAAGGAAUGCGAGUCUUCUCUAGCAUUACAGAUGAAUAUCAUAUCAUACCAGCUUUAGAACAUUAUUCAGCUAUGAUAAAUUUAUAUGGUCGUUUAGGUAGGAUUGCAGAAGCAAUGCAGUUUAUUGAAUAUAUGCCUAUUGAACCAGACUCCUCCGUUUGGGCUGCAUUGCUAACUGCCUGCAGGAAUCAUGGAAAUAGUGACUUGUUAAUCCAGGCAGGGGAACACUUGCUUGACUUGGAACCAGGGAACUGCAUGAUUCAGCAUUUGAUUUCUCAGGCAUAUACUCUACAAGGGAAGUCGAAGGAUGUUCCAAAACUUAGGAAGUCUGACAAAGACAAUGCAUUAAAUAAACCCCUUGCACAGAGCUGGAUUGAAGUUAAAAACGUUGUACAUACAUUUUUUACAGCUGACAAGUGUAAAUUUUAUUCUGAUGUUUUAUAUCCUUGGAUACAAAGCAUCAGCAGACAGGCCAGUGGACAUGAUUGUCAUUGUGAGUUAUACAUUGAAGAAGAAGAUCCUGAAGAAACUAGUGGUAUCCACAGUGAAAAACUUGCGAUUGCUUUUGCUCUAAUUAGCUCAUCUCCUGUACCUCGGACUUUGAGGAUCAUGAAAAACAAGAGGAUAUGUAGAGAUUGUCACAGAACUGCUAAAUACAUAUCUGCUACAUAUGGAUGUGAUAUAUAUUUGCAUGAUACAACAUGCUUGCACUGUUUUAAGAGUGGAUAUUGUUCUUGUGGGGAUUAUUGGUAGAGUAAGUAUAUGAUCUGUAAAAUGCACAUAAAUUUGUUUCUAAGAAAACAUCAAUGCACAGUUUACAUGGAGAGAAUGUGGUAUAGCUUGCUGGUGAAGAAAAUACACAGGAUGCAAUUCUUCUGGGAACUUUGUUUCCCUCACCAUGCAGUGGCUCAGGUUGAGAGUGUAGGCAUAAAAAUUAUCAGCAUUCCAAAAAACCGUAGUGUUGAUAUGCUUGUCAACAUGCUGGCCGGGUUAAGGUUUCAUUGUAUUUUCUCCCUACCAGUCAUUGAGGAUGAGAUAUCUUUGAUCACAUCGAGGACCUUGUGUUAACGGGUUCAAGUGGGGAGAUAUGCAGAAAGCUUCUCAUCUAUGUGAUUGGAUCCUUUUCGUCAGUUGACCAUUUUCAGGUGCAUGUACUUGAUUGGUCAAGCUGUGGACCUUUCCGUAAAGGAAAAUUUUGCUCUUUUUGUAAAUGAUAUAUUCAUUGAAGCCCUGCAGGAUCUGAUAGCAGAGAUCAUUAUUGAGCUCAAACUUAUGGGCAAUUGUGGAGUUCCCUCUUCGAACUUCUCUGUCCAUGUGACUCCACAAUCUCAACUUUUCAGCUACUAAUAAUUACUUUCCUACCAUAAAGAAAA